AUGGAAGCAAGUGUUUGUGGAGCAGGACCUGCCGGUUUACUCUCGGCCAUUUGUCUCUCACAAAAGUGGAAUGGCAACUGCAAGAUUGAUGUCUAUGACAAGCGGCCAGCACCUACCUAUUCCAAUAAAAGUUGGGAAGAUCUGUCGUCCUCCUUUUACAAUCUUGGUUUGGGAGAACGAGGAAUAACAGCCUUGAUGGAGUUUGGGGCCUGGGAGGUGGUACGAGAUGCCUGCAUACUGGUGCCCGGCCGCGUAGACUAUCAACCCGGUAGCAGCGAACCCAGUAAAAAGAUGCUGACAGACAAGAAAUAUGGGACCUAUGUUCUACCACGCGAUAAGCUUGUCAGUGUCCUCCAUCAGCAUGUGCAGGAAGAAUAUUCGGAUUCCAUUCAUCUCCACUACGAACAUGACGUCAGGCCGAUCAUGGAUACGACAAGUACCGACGACGAUGACUCGAAUGUGAGAAUACAAGUGUCCAACUUGGACACAGACAAGAUAAAAAUAAAAGACAGCGAUUUGGUGGUAGCAUGUGACGGUGCAGCUCGAACCUUUGUCCGAUAUUUCGAGGCACAAGACAAGAAGAACAAGGACAAACAAGACCCCAUUUCCAUUGUGCGGUUCGAGGACAAUAAUCAACGCGUCUUCAAGAGCAUUCAUUUUCAAUUACCAUCCGAUUGGGAACGAAACCUAAACUAUGCAGUGCGAUCCGAAAAUAGUCGAGUGAUAUUUGAUGCGCUUCCCGUCAAUUUGGAGGGAGAUUACGUGGGGAUUCUACUGUUUCGUGCCAAUGACGAAAUGGCAGAGGAACAAGUGGAUCCACAAGUCUUUCGCCAGUUUUUACAACAAGAAAUCCCUCAGUUUAGUGACUUUAUUACUGCAAUAGAGUCGAAAAAGGCGGCUCGUUCCAAGUCGUCCAUAUUGCCAAUGUUUCGAUAUGUGACACCUCGGUUGCAUCAUGGAAAGAAUUGUGUCAUUCUGGGAGACAGCGCCAAGACUGUGAAACCAUAUUUUGGCCUUGGAUGUAAUUCGGCUCUAGAAGAUGUCAGGAUUUUCGGCGAUUGCGUAGACGAUGCUUCAAGUAUUGCCGAUGCAGUAUCUGAAUUUUCGUCUCGAAGGGCAAAGGAUAUUGAGGUAUUGGUACAAGUCUCUGCGAGCCUUGACAAACCUGGCCUUGCUGGACUCUUUGGAUUCAUCUUUCCUUUGAUUCUGGACAAGAUCUUUUACAAACUCGCACCUCAAGUGUUUGCACAAAACAUAAUUGCCAUGCUCCAACGUGACGAUAUCACUUUCCAAGAAGUAGCGGCCCGGAAAAGGAGCGACCGGAUUGGCCAAAUUUGCUGCCUCUCGUUGCUUUUUGCUACCAUAUCGAGCCUAGUGGGAAGCUUGUCCGUGGCAGCAACGACCAUUGUUGGCUCUACAUCGGCUACUAUACAAUGA